CGCCUGCCACCCCGGGCUUCCAACACCACCUGAGCUUUAAAUACUUGCAAUCUAAAAAAACCACUGACGUUUUGGUAUUACGCAUUGCGACUGGGAAAUUUUCUCACACUAAAACGUUACUACCGUCCACACUACAUACUUUUCACGAUGGGCAAAGAAUUGGGACCCGGUGUCGGCUUCGAGUUUCCUCCAGUUGAAGUAUCAUGGCUGAAGCGCGAUCUUUUGCUGUUCGCAAACAGCAUCGGAGCUACAUACCCAGCUGAGCUGCAUUUCCUCUAUGAACUCCAUCCUUCCUUUGCUGCCUUCCCCACGUAUCCCGUUAUUCUCCCAUUCAAGCACACCGACCAGGAGGUCAUUGAUUUCUAUGCGCGCAGCAAUUCAGAGCCGAUUGAGGGCGUGCCCAAGUUCGACACCAAGCACGUGCUCGACGGCGAGCGCAAGAUGCAAUUCUUGAAGCCGCUUCCCGUCAGCAGCGCGGGCCGCAAGUUCGAGGUGCGAAGCAAAGUGCUAGGCGUGUACGACAAGGGCAAGCCAGGUACGGUUGUAGAAACCGAGCAACGUCUUGUUGAUGCCGAGACGGGAGAGACGUACACCAGAGCUGUUGGAAGCGGAUUUUACGUCGGACAAGGAGGAUGGGGCGGUCCCAAGGGUCCCAAGGUCCCCAACUUCCCCCCUCCCUCCCGCAACCCCGACCACACGCACAUCCACCAAACCACCAUGGAAACCGCGCACCUGUACCGCCUAAACGGCGACUACAACCCCCUGCACGCAGACCCUGAACCCGGCAAAAAAAUGGGCUUCGGGGGCCCCAUCAUCCAUGGCCUCUUCUCCUGGAACAUGGCGGCCCACGCCAUCCUCAAAGCCUUUGGCGCCAGCAAGCCCGAGAACCUGAAAGAGUUCCAGGCGCGUUUUGCAGCCCCGGUCAAGCCGGCUGACAAGCUGAUUGUGGAUAUGUGGCGGACGGGGGAUAAGGAUGCGCAAGGAUCCGAGGAGAUAAGGUUUAUUGUCAAGGUUGAGGGGGGCAAGACGGUGCUGACGAAUGGACGGGCGCUGGUUAAAGUUGAGGGUGAGAAUAAGGCCAAGUUGUAAGCAGGGGGGAUUGUGAGUGUUGCGAGGUGCAGGUCAGGUUAAAUAAAGUGGAUUGAUCAAUGUACAAUGAAGCGAUGUAUGGUUUCUCCAAUUUCGCACUUUCUACUACGGGAUUUUUUUUUUUGCUUUCAACACUGAAUUAUGAUCCUGCAUCAUGUAGGAUAAUCAGAAUUUUCACUAUACCAUCUCGAGUGGCUAGAGCUGGAAUCAUGUUUUCAAUUCGUCUAAGAAUAGUUCCGAGUA